AUGGAGCACAACCACAACUCAAAAUUUGAACUCACCAAGUCUGUGGUCAUGCAUGUUACCCAGCGUACCAAAAGCAAGAAGGACAAAAAUGGACAUCGACCCCCUUUGGACAGACCACUACUCGUCAUUGGCGACCGAGUCAUCGAGGAGGUCCAAUCCUUCAAAUACCUGGGGAUCAUCAUCAACUCACAGCUCCAAUGGAAGAUCCAGGCUCAAAAGGCGAUCGAGAAAGCAACAAAGUUCGUACUACAAUAUCAACGACUAACAAAAAUCACCACAGGCAUUCGACCAAGCCUCAUGAGAACACUAUAUAUCUCCACGGUCCUCCCAAAGAUGACAUAUGGCCACGAUGUAUGGUAUACCCCCCCUUUGAAACCAGCUGGCAGCAAAAAGAGCAAGGGAUCAGUGUCAGCCCUACGACAGAUGAAGAGGAUCCAACGCAUCGCAACAACAGUGAUUUCUGGAGGGCUCAGGACAACCCCAAAUGAGCUGGUCGAUGCACACUCAAACCUCAUGCCAAUUGACCUCGCCCUCCUCAAAAUCUGCCACAGGGCUACAGUAAGAAUGCUGACACUGCCCAAAUCACACCCGCUUCACAGACACAUCCAUGUGGCACAGAUCAGCAACCCCAAGAAGCCACUUCUAUAA